AUGACCAAGACCAAUACAAGCGCUGAAGAGCCGGAAAAUGAUGAGGAACUGGCUGGAAAAGCGGCGACCGCUAAGACGAAGCGGAAUGUGGAAAAGCCGCCGUCAAUUGUGAUUGCAGGUAAAGCAAACAGCCAUGUGGAGCUGGUAAAGGGCUUAAAAUCCAUCACCAGCAAACCUUUUACCCUAAAAUACACUAAGGCUAGCCUUAUAGUGUACUGCUCCUGCAUCAUGGACUGGGCGGCUGUAAAACGGUCUCUAGAAACCGAAAACAGCCAGUUCCACACGUACGCUCCUGCUACCGAGAAGACACACGCCUUUGUCCUAAGGGGAUUGGAGGACUUAGCCAUUUACUGGUACUCUAAGUUCAACACCAACGGAAAUAAUGGUCUCGCACUAAAAAACCACCCUGUAUGUGACUCUCUCUCAUUAUAUCCUUACAGCUAUUCUGGCAUGUAUCAGUUCAGUAUACCCACUCUUGUUAUUAAGGAUUCUGAGUUACUUAAACAGUUAACUGUCAGAGAUUUCGACCACUUUACCGAUCAUCGAAUAUUAGUAGAUGCUGACGCAGAUCCAUUAUGGGCUGCAAACUUAUUUGCUUUAACAGGUCAGAAAUGGAAAGAUAUGAGAGCCACCCUGAGCGGUUCAUUUUCGAGCAGCAAAAUAAAGAGAAUGUUCCAUAUUAUGAAUGGGGCUGCGGAAAAUUUUGUAAAUUUUUUUUUAACCAAAAAUGAAGCACUCAUAGAAGUAGAAAUGAGGGAUACGUUUUCGAGAUUUGCAAACGAUAUAAUUGCCACAACAGCUUUUGGGAUCGAAGUGGAUUCGCUCAAAUCUCCAAACAACCCUUUCCACAUAAUGGGAAAGCGAAUCACAGAUUUUUCUUCUCUGAUCAAACGUUUGCGAUUUUUCGCAUUUCUGAUAGUGCCGAAAGUGGCAAAGUUGCUGAAAAUUAGUCUAUUUGAUAAAGACAUAUCAUCGUUUUUCUACAAAACUAUUAAGGAGACUAUUCAAGUUCGAGAGGAAAAAGGCAUAGUUAGAGAAGACAUGUUAAAUAUAUUAUUAGAGGCAAGAAAAGGAACUCAACAUGAAUAUUCUGAAACUAUAGAGACAGGUUUUGCUACUGUCAAAGAAUAUACACAUUCUGGUAAAGGGCCACAGUUCGCUAAUUUAACAGAUGCCGAUAUAGCUGCUCAAGCAAUGGUUUUCUAUUUGGCUGGAUUUGAUACUAUUUCAAAUGCUAUGAGUUUUGGUUCUUAUGAGCUGGCAGUUAACAAGGAAAUACAGAAUAAAUUAAGAAGUGAAAUUGUUGAAACCCACAAGUUAAAUGGUGGUAAAGUAACAUAUGACUCUUUGCUGAAGAUGAAGUAUAUGGAUAAGGUGAUAUCCGAGAUUUUACGAAAGUGGCCGCCUGCAGGAGUAGUCGACAGAGUUGCUACUAAACCGUAUACUAUUAAGCCGGUAAACGCCGAUGAAAAACCAGUUCAUUUAAAAGUUGGGGAUUUAUUUUGGAUUCCAAUGUUUGGAUUUCAUAGAGAUCCAAAAAAUUUCGAAAACCCUACAAAAUUCGACCCGGAAAGAUUUUCAGAUGAGAAUAAAGGCAAUAUCAAGCCGUACACAUAUGUGCCUUUCGGUGCUGGUCCUAGAAACUGUAUUGCUUCAAGAUUUGCGCUUUUAGAACUGAAGACUUUAUUUUAUCACUUGCUGUUAAACUUUGAAAUAGAACCAACCAAAGUAACAACAGUUCCUUUGAAAUUAUGUAAAAAAACAUUCAGUCCUUCACCAGUAGGUGGUUUUUGGUUGGGAUUAAAGCGACUUACGAGCACUUAAGUUUGCUGGAAAGCAUAUCAUUACUGUUGAAGGCACGGGUGUUAUUUUCAUAUCAAAAUACGUUUUAAAAGUUUUUAGAUUAGUUUUAUUUAUACAGACAGUUAGAUAUUCAAUAGUACGCUAACACGUUUAUACUCACCCAAGCAGCAUUUUUCGCCUGGAUGACGUACAAGUGAGCACAUUUUUUGGUCUUAUAUAAGUUUGACGUCCAACUGGCGUAAGUAAGUCACAGCUUUAUAACGUCUAAAUGACGAGUCAUAAAGUGGUCUGAAUGACCAGUCGUUAAGACGUUUAGACGUCUAAAUGGCCAGUCAUAAAGACGCCUAAAUGACGAAUGCAAAAGCGCAAAUUAGACGUUAAGGUGAUUUAUUAUAAGGUAUUUAUAUAAAGACAGAUGAUCUAAUA